CUCUCUCUCUCUCUCUCUCACAGAAGAAUAGAACUGGUUUUGGAAAACCCACACUAGUUACAAUAUCACAAAAAUGUCAAAGUGUUGCAUGCCAAUGCCUCCUCUUCAGCCUCCAUUACCAAUGGGGGGCCUGAUGAAAAAUGAGAGCGAACAUUGCCCAGUUUUUUAUGCUUCCAUUCUUCAACACCAAGCAAACAUACCCUCCCAAUUCGUUUGGCCCGACGAAGAGAAGCCGUCUUUGACCGAGGCACCGGAACUCCAAGUCCCCCUGGUUGAUUUAGGGGGCUUCCUCUCUGAAGACCCGACCGCCGUGUCAAAAGCGUCUUGGCAAGUUAAUGAUGCAUGCAGGAAACAUGGGUUUUUCCUAGUUGUAAAUCACGGGGUCGAUCCAAGGCUCAUAAACAAAGCUCAUGAGAAUGUGGAUUUCUUCUUUAGGAUGCAACUCUCAAUGAAGCAAAGAGCUCAAAGGAAGCCCGGCGAGCACUGGGGCUACGCGAGUAGCUUCACCGGCAGGUUCUCCUCCAAACUUCCUUGGAAGGAAACGCUUUCGUUCUGCUAUUCUGCCGAUGGUCAAUCAUCGGAAACUGUCGAGAAGUACUUCUUGAAUGUCAUGGGAGAGGAUUUUCGGGAGUUCGGGGAGACAUGCCAGGAAUAUUGUGAAGCAAUGAGCAACCUCUCCCUAGGAAUCAUGGAGCUCCUAGGAACUAGCCUAGGAGUCGGGCGGUCACACUUCAGGGAAUUCUUCAAAGGGAACGAGUCAAUAAUGAGACUAAACUACUACCCGCCUUGUCAGAAGCCUGACCAAACUUUAGGAACUGGCCCCCAUUGCGAUCCCACCUCUCUAACCAUUCUCCACCAGGACGAAGUGAGCGGCCUCCAAGUGUUUGUUGACGGAAAGUGGUACUCAGUCAGCCCGAACCCCGACGCCUUCGUCAUCAACAUCGGCGACACAUUCAUGGCUCUAUCAAAUGGGAUCUACAAGAGUUGCUUGCACAGGGCAGUGGUGAAUGAUCAAGCAGUGAGGAAGUCUCUGGCUUUCUUUCUGUGCCCGAGAAGGGACAAGGUGGUGACCCCACCAAGUCAAUUGGUUGACAAACAGGACUCAAGAAGAAUAUACCCAGACUUUACAUGGCAAACUUUCCUAGAUUUCACUCAGAAGCACUAUAGGGCUGACACAAAAACCCUUGAUGCCUUUUCCGAUUGGCUUCGAGAAAGAAGCAAUUGAUGGAGGCGCAAAACCAAACUUUUCCGAAUAUAAGCAGCCUUUUUCUCUUCUUUUCUCUUCUCGUUGUGCUAGUUGGGAGUACCUUCAAGUAUGAACACAUAUAUGCUGUACAGUGCUUAUGUUUUGCAAGAAAAUUUAUGCCUUCGGCUGUGG